CCUCCUCCUCUGUCUCUUGUCUCUCGGGCGAGGCGCUCCAAGGGUUAAACCUAGAGACUCCCCCAUUGCCUAGAGAGGCCCAGGACUCUUGGAGAGAGUUUUUUUGGGGGGAUUUAAAUACUGGACGCACCUUCCUGUUCUGUUCUAGCUACCCUGGGGAGAAAGAAAAAGAAAAAAAUUGGCUUUGGGAUUUCCCAGGAGUAGUAUUGUUGGGGGAGGUCGGUGCAUUUGGAGGAAAGAGAGAAGCUUCACUGCAUAAGUAUGUUGUGUGACGUACCGCUUGUUUAAAAACACAAAAUCCCCACUUCUAUGGAAAACGACCUCUUCUUUUGACCAAAUUGCAGAGCAGGGCUGUGAGAGCAGCAAAGAGGAACACGGAAGAUUCCAACAAGUUCUUGGGGAGAGGGUGUGUAAAAGUCCAGAGCUCCACUCUUUUCUCUGAGAGGAAAUGGCAACCAAGAAAGGGUCUGCACCGGCUGGCAGAUGCCAGGCCACACCAGCGCCUUCAAGUGUCAAAAUGGAGGAACGUGACCCAGCAGGCCCCAAACCAGCCGAGGGAGCAGAAAAAGCGGGGAAAUCUCCUCGUGUCCUCCAGGUUGGGACCAUCAGAGAGUUCCUUGACUGGGCUGCCCCGCUGCAAGUGAAACAGGAGCCCGAUGAGGGUUUGCCUGAAUGCUGGGAAGCCCAGUGGCAAGAGUUCCUCCGGGCCAUGCAGUCCUCUCACUUGGGAUGGGGCAACCCACCAGUGACAGAGGAGGCUGCGCCAUGGGGGGACAACAAGGCCUUCUUCGCCUCCUUCGAGCGGCUAGCUGGAACCUGCCACUUGCCUCGACGGGAGUGGCUGGCCCGCCUGCUGCCUGUCCUGAGCCGGGAGGCCAAAGAGGCCUACAGCAACCUCAGCCUGCAGGACCGAGGGGAGUACGGCAAAGUCAAGGCGGCCAUUUUGAAGGUGGACGCCAUCCGCAUGGAGACGCAGCGCCAGCGCUUCCGGCAGUUCCGCUACCACGAGGCCAAGGGUCCCCGGGAGGUGUGCGGCCAGCUCCGUGAGCUGUGCCGCAGUUGGCUGAAGCCGGAGAAGCACACCAAGGAGCAGAUCUUGGACCUCCUGGUUCUUGAGCAGUUCCUCACCCUCCUGCCCCAGGAAAUCCAGAGCUGGGUGAGGGAGCACGACCCGGAGACCUGCGCCCAAGCAGUGCCGCUGGCCGAGGCAUUCUUGCUGAGGCGGCGAGAGGCCGAGAGGAAGGAAAAACAGGCACUGGAAGCCCCAGCUGUGAAUCGUCCCGAGGCAAAGCCAUCUCCCAUGGGUCCCGGACUGAAGCGGCUGUGCAGAGGGGUGAAGCAAGAGGAAGCCAGAGCACUGGACAAAGGUAGCUCCAGCAGUGACUACGUGGAGAGGAGAGGAAACCGGAGCACAGAAAACGGCCUGAAGACUCCUAGCAGAGCCCGGCCGGGGGAAAGGCACUUCCAGAGUCCUGAGGGCAGGAAAGGUUUCCACCAAAACCCGGCCCUCAUUAAACACCAGCGAGUCCACGCGGCAGAGAGUCCCCACCAGUGCCCGGAUUGCGGGAAGCACUUCACUCAGCGCUCCAGCCUCACCAUCCACCGGAGAAUCCACACGGGGGAGAAGCCUUACCCUUGCCCCCAGUGCGGGAAGUGCUUCCGCCAGAGCUCGAACCUUCUCAAGCAUCAGAGAAUCCACUCGGGCGAGAAGCCGCACCAGUGCCCCGAGUGCGGGAAGUGCUUUGCUCAGCGCUCAAACCUUCUCAUCCACCAGAGAACCCACACCGGUGAGAUGCCCUACGUGUGCUCCGAGUGUGGGGCCUGCUUCAGCCAGCACCGAGGCCUGGUCACCCACCAGAGGAUCCACAUGGAAGAGAUGCCCUAUGGCUACGGCUGCCCGGACUGCGGGAAGUGCUUCCAGCAGAACUCGGACCUCACCAAACACCUUAGGGUCCACACGGGCGAGAAGCCCUACAGCUGCCCCGAGUGCGGGAAGAGCUUCAGCUACAGCUCGAACCUCAGCAAACACCAGAGGAUCCACACGGGCGAGAAGCCCUACCUGUGCAACGUCUGUGGGAAAAGCUUCAGCCACUUGUCGACCCGGAACACGCACCAGAGAGUCCACACAGGGGAGAGGCCGUACGGAUGCACCGAGUGCGGGAAAAGGUUCAUUUCCAGCUCAAAGCUCACAAGACACAUGAGAACGCACUCAAUAUACACCCCUUACAUCUGCAACGAGUGUGGGAGGAGCUUCAGCACUCACUCUUCCCUUACCACACAUCAGAGAAUCCACUCUGCUGAGAGCUACAGCGUGGGGAACUCUUGGGAGGCUGCUGAGCAGGGGCCCAGCAACCUCUCUGGCCGGGUAUCACUUCUGUGACUGGUGCCUCCUGCCCUGUCCCUUUAUGAUUUAGCCUUUUCUGGUCACACAGGUCCAUCUCAGCACUCGUAGAAAGGGUGCUAGUCCCUAAGGUGUUUGGAAUCGGGAGGGCCUGUGCAGUGCAGGCAGGAAGCGAGGAUAGAGGAGGGUCUAGGAUUAGUACUGGUGGUUUUUUGGAAAAUAGAAGUAGGCUGAGAAUAGGAUAGUAAGGGGGAACGGAAGCAAAAUUUCAGGCUUAUAUCGGCGGUUAGUUUUAGAAGCGGUGUGAUGGCUAGUGCAGAACAGAGGAGCAAAGAAGCUGGUCAUAGGCUGCUUCCCCAUGAACACAAAUGGGCCUCCUUUUAGCGAAAUGUGCCCUAGCUGCAGUUUAGCAAUGCAAUAGCUAGAUAGAAACUCCAGUUGCAGGGGCAGUAUAUCUUCGAACCAUCUGCCUGGCACAAGGCAAUAGGAUAAAAUUGUUUGAUUCCUACCAUGUUUGUUAGCUUAACGGUAAGUAGCUAGAUCAGUCCACGACCCCCACAGCUUGAUGCUGUCCAGCUGCUUUGACAACUCCCAUCCUCCCAGUGCUGGCAGGGGCUGAUGGGAGUUGUAGUCCAAAACAGCCAGAGAGCCCUAAGUUGGGAAAGGCUGAUCUAGGUGGUCUUAUUUGGGAAGUGGAAUCCUGGAUUAAGAUUGGCAGCAAAGUGAUUCAGAUCUUUUGAGAGGAGAGUGUUGCUUAACCCACAAAUCGUCUUUAAAAUAAAAAUAAAAAUGCAGCUACUCAACAACAAAUUCUCUGGGUGGCUUACAAACAAGACAAUAUGUUAAAAAGUUAUAAUAAUAAGCAAUAAAAGAUGGGAGAAGGGGGAAAAUACCUCUUUCCUGGCAGCAAAAGAAGCCUAAACAAUCCACAGCCCGGAUUAAACUACCCUAAGCUACAGCAGCCCACUUUAGAGAGUGGUUUGUAAGGAUUCUCGGAAUGCAGGUCACUUUGAACAUUCUAAAGUGCUCCAUCCUUCUGUGUCCUCCAUCAAGGAAACGGGCGUUAUAGUGGAGGCUGAGGACCAUGAAAACACUCUAGGCAGGGGAGAGAGACAGGGCCAGGAGGGUUGUGGCCUGGGAAGACGGGGUGCAAUUUAUAGAGAGUCCAAGGGUUCCCCGUGGUUCCCCCUGCCUGACCAAGAAACAAAAAGCACUCAUUUUUUGUUAUUAAGCAGUGGCCAGACGAGUUCACAAAGGGUAGGUCCAUUAGUGGCAAUUCGUGUUCAUAGCUUUAUGAAGCUUCUGGGUUCAGGCGUAGUGUAGGACUGGUUUCCUGGUGGGUGGGAGGAGCCAUCAGGGGGUGGCCUUUGCUUCAUAUCCCACCCGUGGGGGCCACCCAGAGGCAGCUGGUUGGCUUCAUUGCAGAGAAAAUUUCAGGACUUGAUGGGCUUUUUUUCUGAUCCAGCAGGGCUUCCUUAGGAUGGGAUUGAGAAAGUUAAGGUUGAUUCUCCGUGGCUGGGGGCGCAGGGGGAAUUGGGCAGGUUCAGGCCACACUGUAGAACUGACCCCACCUUCCUCCUUUGUAAGUAACUCACUGCCAUCUGUCCCUUUGGGACAAAAUCCAUCCCUUGAGAACAUUGCCGUGCUUAGAGCUAAAUUUGCCCUCCUUUCCACUGGCAGCAGGGAGCGGCCUGCAGGGGGCGCUGUGGUGUGUCCAUUGACCCAUUGCCUGUAGCCUAUUGUAUGAAUCAUGCAUACAAGUUGCUCUGCUCACUUUCACCUCUGGCCUCACCCACCCCUGGCCCCUGGCAGGUGCCCUGCAAGGCAAUAUGGCCCUUGAGCUAAAAGAAGCUCCCUGCUCCUGCUCUAUAUUGAUACCGCCCACAACAUUCCAGAAAUUGCACUCGUAAAUAGUCAACCAUGGAGGUGUCUGUGUGUGCGUACCUCAAACCUUAGAAGGAGGGGAGGGGAAAUGGUUAGAGGUUCUUGGGAACCUCCUUCGUGGCAUUGCAGAGGCCCACUCAACUUUCCACAUGCUGCCGCUGUAACGUUACUGCUGUUACGAGGGAUAUAUGGCCUAAGCAUUGCUACACAUGUGGAAAGCGAGUGGAAAUCCUGGUUUGAAGGGCAGGUCCGCUCUGCACAUUUUUGUCAUGUUCAGUCCACAUUCAAAGCACGUGGCUUCCCCCCAAAGCAUCCUGGGAGGUUUAGUUUCCCAUUCACGGCUGACACACUCAGUCGAGGUGGUGGAGAGAGCCCUCUUGGCUUUUCA